CAAAUCCUUUGGAAGAAAUUCAUGGAUUUUUUGAAAGCACAGUCAGCAAAAGCUAGAAUAAAAAAUCCUACAGCAGCAGCACUAGCUUUUCAAAGCCUGCAUGAAAGAAUAAUGAGUUCUAAAAUCAAAUUCAGAUAUUUGAAAAGAAAUUUUGCCAGAAGGAAGCUGCUUACAGAAAAAGCAUUUCUAAAGCCUGAAAAGGCUUCUAUUCAGCUUUUAAGCUCUCUUUCUGGUUACCUUAAAAAUGCUACUUCGAAAAAAAAAUUAUGGAUAUAUGAGAAUGAUAAUGCUCUUACUUCUGAUGUCGAGCAAGCCAAAGCUGAGGAUCUGCUGCCUAAUGUGAUUCGAAAGCAUGAAGAGACUGAA